AUGCUCUAUCCUCCCUCACAGUCCUAUCGCGUUGGGGUGCUGUUCGGUGUCAUGCGGCUCACCAGUGAAAUAUCCACGCCUUUCCUCAACCAGCGGUGAGUAAUUUUGUUAAGUUCUUUCUCCCCACCAGCCUCUCUCUAUCUUAGAUCAGUCCUUGUCGUUCUAAUUCGCCUUUACCUUGUUAUCGAAGUGAUGUGCUUGAGGAAAAGGUCCCAUCCAUGACGCCCUGAGGCAGUCUCACCUGUCAGUUUAACUGUCGCGAACGACCAUGUCCACUGUGGGCCCCAUAACAUGGUGGGCUCAGAGACGGGGACUCGCGCGUUCUAGCGGACUAGUGCGGCAUCUGCCUCACAUUCUCCCCCUCAUCCGGAGUCGGGACGACCGGAGGCGGGUCGGGCGCUGUGACUGGCAAAGCUAAACAGCUCUUCCACGCGCACCACGCGCGUGCGAUGGACCAGGUUUUCACAGAAAACAGAAGGACGGCCCCGAUCCCAUCUAAGUGGGAGUUUCAUAAAGGCCAUAUUCCCGAAGGGACCGAGUUAUGCCGUUGGUUGUCAGCCUUCCGAGUUUAAAAUCGUGCCAGACUGUUUUAGUGCGAAACAGAGUCCCCAGAGCUGACCUCACUCUCCUAAGCACCAGUCCACUGUCAGAGUCGGUCAACCAUCGUCGGGCGUAAGUGGCUGGCGCGGCUUAGGUCUGCGCCUAGGCGUGUCACUACGCAUCCCUCUUGAGUGGCAUUUUUUAUGCGAUGCGCGCACUUUGCGCAGCCAGGUUACUGCAUACCGUCUCCCUAACCCGACCCCCUGUACUGGUCCGGCACAUCCCCCACGUGGCCCGUUCCAAGGUCAACAGUCCUACCUGCUCAGAGAGCACAGGAUUAGUUGGGUAAUGAAGAGGGGAAUGCGUCGAGGCACCACUUCGGCACUACUUCAGUGUCGUAAAACAAAGUUCUUGAUAGUUUUUAUUCCUCUGAUCGGUUAGACGCCUUUCCUUUCUAGUUUUCCCUUUUCUAGUCGAUUCUAUUGCCUGAGCACCACGCCAGCCGGCACCGGUUACAUCUGACAAUGCCAACCAGGACUGGCCGUUUUCAUGCAUGCAAAGGGCUCGAAAAGACUGUUUGACCUUUAAACUGCGUGUAUAAUUCUGAUGUUGAAUAGGCGUUACCCAUAACCAACAUUUCUACAGGGUUGCUCCGUUUUUCCUGCACUUUUAGCUAGUAGGCUUCGAUUUGGUGAUUCGUGCCCAUCGCACGUAUGUGUUGUAAGCUUCCUCCCGCCCAAUCUAACAGCCUUUCUUCGGCUCUGGAAAUGACAAAGGCUGACGCAAGGUUUGGCCAUUGCGUCACCGACCAUUGUUGUUGCAUGCGAUAUGAUGCCGCCGAGCCAACAAAAUUACGCACUUCUUCCAACACUGUUGGCCACUUUUAGGAGAUCAGUAAAGGUCAUCAAUGACAGGUAUUUCGAUGCUUUCGGGCCUUCGCUGUAUGUCGCCCGUCAAAGAAAUACCGUAGAAUGGACCGUUUUUCGGCUACUUUAUUUGCCGAAAUUCGGUGUAACAAAGUCGGGAUAACACUACCAACGAAGGCAAGGGAGACCGGAAUGGCCAUUUCUGACUUAUUAGCGUAGCCAGCCCCGAGGAUUGGAUCCGCACCUUUUUAAUAGUCCAGCGCCCCAACCACUGAGCCACGGGCCCCUUGUUCUGACUAUUGCGAUCGGGUAGAGGAACACUCGACGAUCGUGUAUACGGGUCACACUCGUUCCGUUGUGCAUUGGGGCUCAAUCUCGGGCCCCAUUAGCAGUCAUACAGUAGUUAGGCAUAUAGGCAGAAUAAAAUUCUCGACAAAAACAAAGGAGGCUGUAGUGGCCAUUUCUGACUUAUAGGCCGUCAUCAGCCGGCCAUACCCAACCCCGCCCGCAUCACUAGCCGCUGCCUGACUGCGGACGGGGCUCGAGAUUGAGCCCCGACUAUGUCCCCCUUAACGCGAUCGCCGAGCGUCCCUCUACUAUUCAAAUUAAUCUAUGACCUGAUGAGGAGGGAUGCCGCGAUUCUUCGACAGCAUUUCUUAUAGAGAAGAAAUCGGAAAAAAAUAGGUUAUUGUGGAAGCACUGAGUAAACUCUGUGGGAGUUGUGAAUGCUAGACGAAGUUUCCUGCUGACUACAUGUUCUAUCUAGGUGUCGUCGUUAGACAUCUGCGUAGUGUCGCAGGGCUCUGUUCCUGAAUUUUCCGUCUCUGUCAUGCAGUAGGACCGGUAUUCGAGGGAAGAUUAGGCAGAAAUGUGUAAAAUUUUUGCCCACCUAGAGAGAAGUGACGGCGUCCCUGUCAGUAUUCUCAAACCAAAGUGUCGGUGGGCUUCCCAUUUAAAAUUAGUAUGAGAUGGACGUUCUCCGCUAUGUCCUCACUAUGCAACCGUCUGUCUGGGCUCUACACCUGGAGCUCCAUGUUAAAACGGAUUCCUCCGUAUUUCAUGGUAAUUUACGCAGUUUCGAUCUCAGCCCACAACAUAUGAGCCCGCCAAUCGAGUGGGAGAGGGUCAAACUUGAAACAUUUCUGCUGAUAAAAUGCCCCGGUCUAAGCUCGCAGGUCUUCCCGGCCUGGGGUUUAGGCAUGACUGGCUAAUGACGGCAAAUAAGUCCAAAAUGACUGCUUCAUCCCCGCUUGUCAAUAUCAAUAGCACUUUCCAAGUCUCCACUUGGCCCUUCUCCCCUUCGACUGUUCGUAAGGCAGUGACAAAAGAUCCCGGUUUUUAAUCCGGUCUGCUCACAUAGUAGGCCUGUAUUUGACAGUAGUGAGCUCGGGUUCGGACUUUCCACCAAGGUCUUCAGGCUGAGCGGGAUGCGCACUCAUGUACACCUAGGGGUCUGUGCUGUACACAUGCUGGCAGAACACACUUGACGGUGCCUUGUACAGGAAGACACUGAAAUCAAAACAACUCAAGGCAGCCGUGAUAAUAUGCCCCCCUAAUUUGCUGUCUUCCGUUGCCAAAGUAGCGUACCUCGUUUGUAGUAGUUUUUAGGGACCGCACAAAGUAUCCUUCCCCUGUGUCUCCAAGCAUCCAUCUCUUUCUCUCCCCUCCCUUCAGAUGGUUCUGCAAGACAAUCGGUGGCGAUGGAGCCGAAUACCGGGUGGCCGUGAUCACUCUUUUCUUCUCUUCCACCUUCUUUCUCGGUCGAUAUGUCCUUUCCUUCCUCUACUGGUAUAUCUUCGUAGGAAACUUCAACACGCCACCUCACCUCCAGAUCGCUCCCGAGCUGCCCCGAUACCUGGGCUUCUUCAUCAGCCUCCCGGCCCUGCUGGACUGCCUCAACAUUGCCUGGGGUUUCCCCGUUUUUGCAAUCACCAAGAAGGCCCUGCAAACCCUCCACUUCCUGCCUGCCCAGAAGAAGGAGAAGGUCGAUGGUGAGCAGCAUCAGCGGCAGCAGCAGCAGAAUCCGUCCAUCGUCGGUUCGGAGUCUCGCAAUGGAACUGCCUGCCAUGACCACCGCAACGGCAACCUUAAUGGAACAGUUCCCCAUACGUGUGCGAACGGGCACCCAACUAUCUGACUCAGCUCUACUCGACGGGUUGUCAAGUCGUCUUUUUUAUUUCGCCGAGCUCGGUCUCGCGUGUCUGUCUGUCCACGCAUGUUUUUUCGUCGUUGUCCCCCGACAAGAGGGCCUACUACCAACGGGUUAGGCUAAGCAGACUUAUGAUUAUAUGUUGACAGACGAGGUUUUAAUUUUAUUUAUGCUUCCAGCCUUUUGUAUCCUGAUGAUCCGGCAUCCUUGUUCUUCUUCCUUACUGGCACUCAAGGCGAAUUCACUUGUUCCCUCAAUACGAGGCGCCUGCGCUGUCGACUUCGUCAUAAGUAUUCAUCGUUCUUCAGGGUAUCUUUGUAGAAGAAACGGUCCCACUUUUCCGAUAGACGAAUUGGAACCCAUCUGGACGUAAUUUGUCGCCUACCUAACGCUGAGCAUUUCGAGGGUCGCUAUUUAAGGUUUUUUUCCUAGAUGCGUGGCUUGUCCCGUAGCAGUGGACACUAAAUGCGCUGGGUUAGGCAGCUGACGUGGUGCCUACUGCGCUCCCCGCGCUCUCAUUGAUUUUGAAGUCUUCCAUAAAAAAUGAGUUCCGAUCCAUUAUGCCAUGUUAGGAAAAUUUCACAAAGUGGCGUUCUUGGUUCUUCGCUGAUUCGUCUCUUCUAGGCGAGCGACUCAAGUACAUUAUGACAUCGAUUCGUAAUUUAGUGAGCAUCGCAGGCCGGGGGGGGGACGGUUUGGUUACGCAAUGGUGACGGGGGCGAAAAUGACACAGGUGUCGGAUGAACGUGCACUGGACCGUUGUAGAUGUAAGGCCUGGGUGAAAUCGUUUCUGCUGUCGCAGAGGCGCCUUGUCGUAGUUAAUUUCAGGAGCAAUCAGGCACUGGAUAAGUCACUCGAGACUUAGUGGGCGUUGACAACAACUCUUGGCGAUAACUUAGACCUGGUGGACAGUUGGUCCUGCACUUUCCCAAACAAAGCUCUUUGUUCUUACAGGUUUCUUCUCUGGCCGACUCAAAGAAAGGUGUGAUUGUAGCACAUAAGACAGAAUAUUCUCCGAAGACGAGUGUCGGGUGAUUUUUUGUGCGAACUCCAACUGGCACUGCUUUGUGGUAGACUAUAAUUAUGUAGCCGUCACAUACACCAUAUGCAUGCAUGGGCGGGCUGCUUUUGACCGGCGGUGUUCCUUCCUCAGCACCCUUUUAAAAUGGUGUGGAAUUAUCAUGCACUAAAGGUUGUGGGUGAAGGUGGAUUUGGCUGGCCUAGCCAAUCUCCUCGACCAUGGUUUGAUUGCCGGCAAAACUCCUGGCGAUCCAUCGAAUGCCCUCGAAAUACGAGGAAUCACCGGUGCAGCACCUGCCUACGAGGACGAAGAUGACGGUACGCUGCUGAAAAGAGCGAAUGCGCAAGGAGAGGAAGAAGAAGCAGCAGCAGACUUUUAACCACCCACUUGGCCGGAAAUUAAACCAUAAACAUACUAAUGUACGACCUGCGGUGACGAGAUCGGAGUCAACCUUCGAUCCGCUUUUCUGCGAUGCCAUGUGAGUUUGCCGCCUGAAGUUGUAAGCAUCCAAAGGCUUGUUCAUGUCUACCUCGAAAAGAUCAAGAGGACUUCGGGACGGCUGUCUCCAGGAUUCCCACGAUUUGUUUAGUGUGCUCACAUUCAGUCUGACCAUUUAGUAAAGGCAUAUCUAAGUUUUUCAGGCUCAAAUGUGAGCAACGUCAGGACCACAAACUGAUGAGCUUGGGAUCGGCCUUGUAUUACUGUGUAACUAUUGUGCACCAGCGCCCAGUUACCCGUCCCCGGGUUCUAUUUUGCGCCCACCGGAUGCUAAGCAUGCUUUUCUGCAGAGUCAGUCUGAUGCGCAUCCUGCUACAAACUAUUGAAUUAUCAGAAAUGAAGAACAGGUCCAAAUUCGAAGGAGGCGACCGAUGCCUCUCGAUCGGGGUACAACGGUAAUUUUAACGAGGCUGAGGUGACGUUUACGCGGUAAGACAGCUGUCGAAGGUGUGCUGCCAAAUGACCACCGAGCCAACCGCCGCAAUGGUUUGCCUCCGCCUACAUGGCAUUGCGUCACUACCUGCCAAAUGGCUGACAUUAUGUGCCACCCCUUGUGUGGCUCCAUACAGCGAAAGUGAGACGACAGCGUUCUCGGCCAAGCGCAGGUUUCUGACUCGGCCACAGCCGGCAUCGACGAUGAACAUGUUGGUGGAGGGGGGACUGGUCGGUGACUCCCGCAAAGCGAAUUGUGCGCAGGACUCUUCAGUAUCUCGAGAUGACUAGCCGAAUUCGCUACUUGAAACGCCAGGUAGCAGAUAAAUCACUCCUGGAGGUUCCCAUUUUCAAUGUGAUAGUCUCGACAGGGUCAUUUGGUCCUUCCGCGUAAAAUAGAGCAAGGCUGACGCUAGAAUGAGAAGAGCGGAAAUUGGAAAUGCAAAUGAGAUGUUCGCCUGAGUGAAUGAGGGUGGGGAGAUUAGUGGUGCGCCUGACACGUCCGUUUUCAUUGACCGGACCAACAUGACGGCGUUAAAAAGAAAGAGGACUUCGCAUUCACUUUCGUAUGCUCAACCGGAGGCUUUUGUUCCACGUUUGGCCUGCGCGUGUCCGAGAACUGUCAGUCGUUGGUUCACGCCCGCCCGCCCGAAAGAUAACUUGGCCCCAAAUGGAUAUGAACAGUUGAACGGACUUGAACAAGGUUAGCUGCGCUACUGUACUAACAUCCCUCGUCCUACGUGUCAGCUGGGAAUCUUAUCAGAACCGGUGACGUCAUUGUGUCAGUUAUAAUAGGUUGUGUGUUGGAGUUUCCAGCUUACGUUUCCCACUAGUAUUUGCACCUAUCCUGUAAUCGUUCUCCAGUCAUACGUUUGUAAAGUAUUUGGUCCCACCGUUAGCCCUCGCUCACUCUUUUUUUCACUUUUUUUCCAUCCGAAUUAGUAAGCCGGGGAAAUCAGUGACGCAUUGCGCAUAUUUUCGAAUUUUCUGAAAUACCGUGCGCCGACAAAAGCGCGGUGUAAUUUAGAAAGGUUUAGCCUGUUGAACGCCUCACGUAAUACGUACCGUCCUAUUUAAAACUGAAGAUUGCCUAGACUGUCGCGCUAUAACAACCGGUAGAGAGGAUCGAAAUACGUCAAUGCCUGCGAAUCAUUCUCGACACCAGUACUUUAUUUCCCUUUUGGAAUAUACGGAACAUUAGGUUUUCUUUUGGUACAGGAUAGGAUGUACACUAUUUGUCAAAUAAUAUACCAUUAGGUGAAAAUCGAAUAAACACCGCUCGGUCUAUUAAAAAGUGAGUUAGACAAAUAUUACGAGGAUGAAUUAACUCAUUUGUUGUGCAUGAUUGCAUUUCAAAAUCGGCUCUACGGGCUGUCAGUGAGAUAGGAGGUCUAGUCUCUUUAUCAUAUUCCAAGCAUCCGAGAAGGUUAGUGGGGGUUCUGGAGGCGUUUGCAGUUCCAGUGCUCAGGGAGCUACCCGUUGAAGCUAAUCUCUAGUCAAAAAAGCCGGGUAACCACUGAAGGAAUCUAGUGCUAUGGGAGUACUGUAAACUCUGAACGGUGCUGCCGUAAUGAGUCAGCGCACUACCAUCUUCGAAAAUUGACUCUGCUGAGGUUUGGUACGUGCCUGUCAUUAGUCUUCUAUCUUUAUUAUUCGUAUCUCUCUUUGCUGGACCACAGAAAACUCCCCGAACAUGGAUGAAGCCUCCAUCAAACUGUACAGUCAAAAUUGUGAUUCCGCCACGAAAUCGUUGACCUUCCGACCUCCAACCUAGACUCCUUCAUCAAUACCUUAGUCGAAACCCUGAGUCAUCAGUCCAGUUAGCAUUGUACGCUUAGGUCAAUUAAACAUGUAUCGACAUAUAGUCCAAAUCAAGAGGGCUCGUUUCUACAUUUUUUCGGUCGCCGCAUUUAGGCGGUCUUCCUUCCUUCGAAGCGUUUUCAGUAGAACACGGAAACUGGAAUCCCCCGUAAUACAGACGGCCUUGUGCUAAAUUCCAGGACGACUAACGUCCAGGUCAAAUUUAGGAUUAGGACUAGGGUUAGUGUAAGAGUUCAACUUAGGAAAAGGGAAUAGUGACCUUCAUGGAAGUUAGCGCAAGGCCACCUGUAUUACGGGGAAGACUCCUAUUUCCGUGUCUUUCCGCAGUUUUUCGAAAUCCUUCUCUCAGUACGGAUUAGCGCACGAAAUCUAGCUUCAAGCUGUCAAAGGGAGCAGAAUGCGAGCCGAUUGCAGCCUACUCUUCUUAGUAAACUUGCUGUGAUCUGCCAAACUUACUACCGCUGAAAAACCGUUACCCGGAGUCGUUUCCGCCAUCGUAUAACACUGGUUUUUGACUUCACCCAAUGCUUUGCCUUCCACAUGCCGACGGUAUGGCCCACAUUUCUCAGACUUAUGGCAUGAUGAAUAGUUGUGUCGUGGAGUUAGCAAGGCUCUGAAUGUCCCUGGCUUGGACGUGCCUGAUUAGUCAUCACUAACACGACGCAUGCCCCCUUGUCCCUAAAGUGGGCCACAGGUGUACUUCUUUAGCGCACUGGGCGAUACAGGUACACACCUGGACAGCCCACUUCUAGACAAACGAUGUAAAUCAUAGCCUUUGGUCGUUAAACGCAUUACAAAAUCCUUUUCUGAUAACCUUUGCCUCAUCUAGGGCACUUUUCUACAGAGGAGUAAGAUAUUCACCCAAAAGCCCUCUGACAAUGUGAAUUAAUUUAAACUUUUUUUUAAAGUUAUACAUGAGUUUUCAGUCUGCACAACAAAAACGCCCGUUCGGUUGAUUCAUGAGUAGGUCAGUAAAUAAACAGUUCAACUCGCAAGGCAGGCGACUGCGUUAGCUUACGCUGCCAGCAAGUCUGGUCGAUAGACUGGGUCGUUUGUGAUGUGGUCUGUGAGAAGUAGAGGAUGGUGAACGAUAACUUAUUAAGAAGCGGGGCAAGUCAGGUACGCGUUUGUAGAGCUUUGACUUAGGACAAAAGGUAAGAUGAGAGGGAUUGGGCAGUUAACAGGUUUGAAUACGUUAAGGACUAGAUUCGUCCCCGCCUGCCUCCUGGGCUCUUUAACUUUGACAACCAUGGCACCAACUCCAAAUUGACGUUGCUUUGACCUUGUCUUUCCAUCAGUGAAAAGUAAGUAGAGAAAGAGAGGGUGCCAUACACCCAGGGCGUUUCAAAAACGACCGAACGCAUUGUUGCGGACCUAGGUGUUGGAUUUGCACACCGUCCCAAAGCCACCAUGCACAGUAAGGUCAUGAAAAUCAAAGACCGGUUAAAACCUGAAGAGCUAUCAGGAGUAAUGUAUCGCAUUCCGUGUCAAAAUUGUCCUUGUAACUUUACAGGACAGACUGUACGCAUGCUCGGAUCGCGCAUACACGAACAUAAGCUGCCUGUGCGACGAGGCGACGCAUUAUCGCAAGCGGCUGCCCACACCUACGAAACGGGUCAUGAGUUUAACUUCGGUGUCACCAAAAUAGUCGCCUGCGCCGGAAACAAAACAGGCCGAGAAUUGAUUGAAGCCUGGACCUCGGAUGAGAAUUCGAUCUAUCGAUCUGGCGCCGGCGUACAGAGCCCUGCGUAG